UACAUAUUCAUAUUUGAGUAAUACGCCUGGUACUGGGGUUUGUUUGUAGAUGAAUAUCACCUUUGAAUGAAUUUCAGUAAUCCAUUUGAAUUACACGAUGGAAAGGAUGAAUAGGACUGGAAAUUAGAAUGUUUUAUUCUAAAAGAAGAUAAAUAGAAUCACUGUGCUCACCUCGAGAGUUGUCUGCGGAGUAACUCCAGAAAAGGACAUUAAAGGACUGAGUUUAAGUUCCAAAAAAAGGAAAAACUAUCGAUAUUCACAAAUUAGAACGAAACGAAAAAAACUCAAAAUGAUGCUGAGUCCAGAUCAGCCUGGUGCCGACCUCCCGUGGGGCCAGUCUGACACUGAAUCAGUCCUCCACGACAUCAAAAUUGGCUGCGUCUCCGAUGAACCGAUGGAUGGAGAGGGGAAGACGAGGAGCCUCGCUCCACAAUCUCUGAGCAGGGAAGAGAAGCGACGGAGGCGGCGCGCGACAGCAAAAUACCGCUCUGCCCACGCUACCCGCGAGCGCAUCCGUGUCGAAGCCUUCAAUGUGGCCUUCGCCGAAUUGAGGAAGUUGCUGCCGACCCUUCCGCCAGACAAGAAGCUUUCCAAAAUUGAAAUUCUUAGGCUUGCCAUUUGCUACAUCUCCUAUCUCAACCACGUCUUGGACGUUUAG